AUGCCCUUUGUUAGUAUCUGGAAUGAAAACGACCAGACCUCUCAAGUACAAGGCAGGACCGGUGCUCUUCCACACGAUCUCAGCGAGUCGGUUCUCCGAGGGCUUACGGCGCCUUGGCAGCCUCGCGCAGGGUUUCAUAUUGAAGCUGAAGUAAAGCUUAUAACGAGACAGUUCAUCACUUCGCCAAUACUACGUGGCGUUAUCCUUAAUUCAAAACCGAUGUACCGUAAUGUGUCUCUGUAUCCGAUCGUGGAAAUCAGUGCGAUCCCUCUGCCCAACGAUGCUAUCGCCACCGCAAUGCUUCGUGUCACUUUGAACCCAGGCUUUGUAUACUUCCGCAGCUACCAGGAUUUGAGAGUUCAAGGCGGUGCACGAAGUUCAGGGAUCUGCGACUACUUGCAAGAUUAUAGAACAGGUACUAUACUGGACGUCAUCGGCUCUGUUGGCGGUCUUUUCGCACUACUUCAAGCUAUUCACUUAUUGCUCUUCGGAAGAUCUUUAAUGUGGGGACUGACUGGAGCUAUGCUGAUUUCUCCCUUUGGCUUGGUCGGCGCUUUGAGCUCAAAGAAGUUUCAACAACACUUGCAAGAGCAUUAUCAUCGCACCCCUACUGAAGAUAAUCCCGGGUCUGUUCAAAUUGGAGAUUUCUUGCGUGAUUUUGUAAUUGAUUUUGGACCUGCCAGGCUUCCCCGGAGCAAAAAAACAGUCGGUCUCGUUUUUGGUACCCAGCUCUGA